AUGCGGUCAUGCCGGCCUCUCCUUGUGGCUCUAGUCCUUUCGAGCCCUGCUUGCCUGGAACCGCCACGCACUGCCUGGUGCUCAGACCAGCUUAGUACUGCCUGCGCUGACAGCACGCCAGUUGCCUUGCAAGCAGUCUUUAGUGCUCGGCGUGCUUCUUUGUCUCAAGAGCAUCGGUUGCCGCCUGGCAGCCUGGACAUUGCAGCUGCCUCGCUUCCAGGCCUCCUCACCUUGCCCCCCGCGGCCAUCUGGCAUGUCGCCCAAGAAGAACGCCCAGGCAACGGCCAAAGGCGGCGGCAUCCUUCGCUCGCUUUGCUAAGGCGGCAUCAGGAGAAGCGGUUGCCAAGUCCACGGGAAGCAGGGCCCGCACUCGCGCCCCGGCUCCGACUCCCAAGCGUCGGCGAGCACGCCGUGCUGAGGCAGAGGCAGAGGUCCACCUCCCCCGACAGCGGCCAACGACCCGAGGGUGGCUACUCCUGCUGUUGCAGCUCCGCUGGCUACUACGACUACCAGCUCACCGAGACCGCCGUCCCCAGCUCACCGCCGCCUUUGCCAUCAGGUCACCCCGCUGUCGAUUUGUACUCCACCAUUGCCGAUUCCGCCACGGCACUUCCGGUCCCCGGGCUCCGCUUCGGCCGGCUCUCACAGGUGUUUCUGCUGCUUCUGUCCAUCGAGAGGCUCGGCCAUGUCUUGCAGUUGCUGAUCGAUGCACGCAUGAAGGUCAACAUUGAUAAGUCAGUGAUUCUCCUUGCUGUCAAUCACUCCUACGCCAGUCGCUGGCGACGCCGGGAAAUUGCAUCAGACAAACAAGGCCUCCGAUUGCGCAUCUCGACCCCGUCUGCGGGUAUCUUUAAACUGCCGAUCGUUGACACUCAUAAAUACUUGGGUGCAAUCAUCUCUUACCAGGAGGACUGCACGCAACUUACGGUGGCCUAUCGACUGCGGCAAACCUGGGCGACCUGGACCAGACUUCGGCCAGGGCUUACCUCAGCCUCUGCACCAGCCCUCCCGCUGAGACUGCGUCUUUGGCAGGCAUGUAUUCCACCUACGGCCCUUUACGCGCUUGAUAGUCUCCCGCCAAAGCGACAGCAUCUGGUCCAAAUACAAAAAGCCCUGAUGCGUCAGCUCCGCGCCGUCGCUAGAUCUCAAGCGCACAUGACGGGGGAAUCUACUAUCGAUCUGCACGCUCGUCUUCGUGUCCCCUUCGCGCUUGAUGUACUGCGACAGGCCUCCAGUCGGAGAGCUGCACGGUGGGAGGUGCUCCCUCCCGAAGAACACGAUCUUUUAAGUCGUGAGUGGCAGACUCGAAUUGAUGAUGCUCUGAUGCAGCUUGGUCCCCACCCCCACCUGGCCCCAGAUGCUCCCACAGCUGAUUCGGCAGUCUCGGGCGUGAACGUGGGGGAUACAGACAUGCAUGCUGAUGGGUGGCCCUGCCCAUAUUGCACGCAUCAGGCGCCCUCGCAUCGCCUACUCCGUGUGCAUCUCUCUAGAGCCCACGCCACCAAGGCGAAGGAUAGACACUGCCCGGGCAGGUUUAAUCGAGCCCUUCACUGGGUGAACGGAAUGCCGAUAUGCCGCCUUUGUGGGCAUCGCUUUAAUCGUUGGAGCGGGCUGCGUAACCACAUAGAUAAGGGUCAAUGUCGGUGUCUGUCUUUUCAUGCCCCGUCUAUGCCUGAGCCCACACCGGAUCCAAAUCAUGAGGCCGAUCCCUCGUCUUCUAGCGUCCUCUCUGGGGACGCUACACCUGCAGCCUGCGCCGAGGCAGCAGCCACUGUCUCGCCUUCCCGAUGUCUGUCAGACCCUCAUCCACUGGCCUACACUGGUGUCUUUCAGGCUCAGCUGCGACAUCAAGGCUGGCAAGCGUUACUCUCGAGGCCUGAUCUCAGGAGCUCCUUGAAGCAUCACUGCCCGCUGUGCUCUCAGUGGGCUGCCUCACCCUCGGGCCUGAAAGUUCACCUGCAGCAGUCGCACCCUGAAUGGAAAGCCCUACGCGCGGCCGCACAGGCAAAGGCCCAAGACCAACGCGAAUUGGGCCUAUUCCAGAACUUCAUGACGCCGGCAGCCGGCAUGGAUGCAGCCCAGCCCAAACGCCGCAGAGGCGAGGAACCGGAGGGGGCGUCCCAGUCGGCCCUGUUCCUGAGCCAUUCUUCCGGCUCUCAGGCCCCGGUGGCCACGGCGAAUGCGGGGAGAAAGCCUUCCUCUGAUCUUGAGGUCGAUUGGGGCGACGGCCAGUCAAGUGUGUCCGAUCUGCCUGAAUCAGGGGUGCCUCAGGAAAUCGCCCGAGCAGGGCCUUCAUCGAGCGAUCAGCAUGCAUUUUCCUUAGACGAUUGGUUAGCUGAUGUUUCUCUUGAUGGCCACGUCUCUGCAAGCAGCGUUGCAGAGCCAGCAAGUGUUGCCAAGGAUAGUUGUGUGCCGAGUGUUGCUUCGACAGCCGUCUUGUCUUCUAGGGAGUAUGCCGCUCGUCUACGGAGCUCCCACCUGAGCCUGCAAGAUGCCACGCCGAAGUUCUUUUGGGAGCAGGGGUUUUGGUCUGAUUUCUUCAGUCCUGCCGCAGUGCCAGAAACCAUCAUGCCGAAAUUCAAGGACAGGCGGCCAGAUCCUUAUCACUUGCCUUUGUCGGAGCCUGUAGAGCUUGGACAGUCGCAAUCUUCGAAGAAGGCACGUCGAGAGUUCGCAGCAGUCUUCCAGAAAGUCGUGAUUCAGAGACAGGUGAUUUCUUGGAGGGACGCUCGUGAGGCCUCCUUUGAGACGGCCAUUGUGAAAUGGGUUGCUCUGUUUGGGUCUUGGGAUUCUAAUAAGGAUGAGUCUCUGGAUGGCUUUGCACAACUGUCGGAGCUUGAAAGGAGGAAAGUCAUUGAUGACAGCAUCGCACGCAAAGCCCCUUCGACUGCCUUGAAAAGAGCAAACUCGUUGAUCAAACUCACGAAGCUUGCCGGAGCCGCAAACAUUGUCAUGCCCGCUUCCGAAGGCGAGAUCUAUAUCAUUUUGACCGAUGCCAAGUCGGGAGGGGCCCCAUUAUCCCAGCUGCGGGGGUUCAUGGAAGCCAUUACCUUCUCUCGACAUGUCUUCGAAAUCAGUAGCCUCCAUCUAGUUAGUGUCAGCAAAAGAUGUUGGGGAGUCACAGUUGCCAGGGUCGCGACUCCUGCGAGACAGGCUGACCCCCUGCGGGUCAAGGACCUCAAGGAGCUUCAUAGGGUGUUGGAUGAGGCGCCAGACCCCUGGGACCGUUGCUUCGCAGGCAGCGCGCUAUUUUGCGCGUACGGCCGUUGCCGAUGGUCUGACUCGCAGCACUUGGAUGAUAUCGAACUAGAAUAUGAAGAGGGUCCUGAUUCUCCCCUUGCAUACGUUGGAGGUGUCAUCGACAUUCACAAAACAAUGAACCUGCAGGGUCAGCAGCCCCGUGUUCUUGAAAUCAUUGCACCAGCGCAAGGAAUCUAUGAAGGUGACUGGGCUUUGAAGUGGCUCGCUGCACGUGCGGAGGUAGGCUGUGCCUGGUCGCAGGGCCACCCGACCAUGCCUGCACCCAAUCAUCUGGGUGAGCCUACUGUCAGGGCUCUGGGCAGUGACGAGUGUGGUGCUUGGCUCAGGGCUCUCUUGCCAACGAGGCUGGACAUGAGAACAACUUCGCACUCUCUGAAGGCAACGUUCUUGAGUUAUUGUGCAAAGAGAGGCAUGAGCCAUCUUGACAGACUUGCGCUGGGAGGGCACUCCCAUGGAGCGAAGAGUGCCGAUACCUAUGCGAGGGAUGCCCUUGCUCGCCCAUUAAGGUUGCUCCAAGGUGUCAUCAGAGAGAUCAGUAUGGGCGUCUUCAUCCCGGAUGCUAACCGGGCUGGCAGGCUGAUUGUCAGUGCUGAGACUUCAGAGCUUGCUCAGGAGUUGGGCCAUGAAGUCCCGAGUCUCGCCACUGCCUUUGAAGACCGCAGGGCCUCUCCCGGCCCGGCCCAAAGAAGAGGUCGUGUCCUUGAGUUCCAUGCCGAGCCCGCUUCAGAGUCCCAUGAGUGCGAGGGAGAUUCGUCGGAGGCCGAUGAUGGAGAUUCGAGCCGCAAAUCAAGCUCAAAAUCGUUUGUCGAGGGCACCACAAGCUCAGAUUCAGAUGCAAGCUCAAGCUCUGAAGAGGAGGGACCUGGACCCAGCAUGCCUCAGUUCGUCCCCCGCCUGCCAGAGCCUCCUGAGGGCUUUCGGUUUGUGCAACACGCAAAGUUGAAGACCUUGCAUUAUGUCAUGCAGGGUCACUUGAACUUCACCGUUUGCGGGCGUCGCAUUACAGAUUCUCUUACAGGAUCCUUAUCACUCAAGUGGGACAGCCCGGUCUGUCGCAAUUGCAAGAAGUCUGUAGGACCACUCAGGUAG